UCCUGGUGGGAGCUGUCGGGCCCUCGUGAGCCUCUGGAUAUUGGGCAACGCUGGUGAUUGCAUCCACGAGUCGGGGGAUUCCGGAUGGGGGUACACGGCUUCAAGAAGUUAGCUGUUCAGUUGCACUGGAACAAUCCCGAAAAGAGAAGUGACUAUUUCGACCAAUCAGGAAUGACGAUCUACUUCACCCUGGUCCUGCGAGCUUAUGAUGCAGGUAUCCUGAUAACUGGUCAAGAGAGCCUACUGAUCCCACCUGGAGAGCCUAGUGUGAAAACCAUGGCCAGAACCCCCGGCGCAUGUACCAACCGUUCCUUCACAGGGCCAAUAUAUGUAACAGAAGCUGCUAACCACAUGCAUUACCUAGGUGUUUCCCAAUCUCUGGAGCUCUACAGGAAUGGCGUCAAAGUCCGAGAUCUUGCACGUGACCGUAAAUAUAACUAUGACAACCCACUGACCCACAAAUUCAGUGAGCCCGUUGAGAUCCGACCUGGUGACGAGCUGAGGACGCAUUGUGAGUUCGCAUCCUCCAAGAAGUCUACGACAACGAUGUUCGGUUCUGCGACGUCCGACGAGAUGUGCUACAGUUUCAUCACCUACUACCCUCAACAGAACUCCAACAGACCAUUCCUCACCAACUUCAAGAGUAUUCCUAAAUGCAUGCUUGGCAUUGAGGACACGUACGAAGGUUGUGCUUGGAAGACGAUUUCAUCCGACCCCGAAUUAUUGCAGCUUCAAGUCCUUGUGAACACCACUUGCAACUUGUUUGAGAAGUGUUCGCCGGCAUGUUACAACGCCAUUCAGACAACAAAGCAGCACAAAUGUUUCCAGGGCGAUAUAUGGAAAUAUAACAUCUAUACACUGUUUAGGAUGAAGAUCACCAUCACGUUUCUCAUGAAGUUACGGUCGUGUGAGUGUGAAGAUGUUGCACCCUCCUCAGCACCCCCUACAGCCCCCGACGCAGUCUCCAAGCCUGACAACAGCACCUGUGACUGGGCAGGCUUAUAUGUUCCAUCGGUUGGAAACCCACUCGACACUAUCAUCAUCAACGUCACUGGCAGUUGUGCUGCUACGGGCGACUGUCUCAAGGAGUGCGUGCCUGCUGUCAGGGCUGCGAGGGAACAUCCGUGCUUCCAGGGAGCGGAGUGGGAACACGGACGGCGUUACCUCUAUGAAAGAACAAACUUCAAAACUCUGGAGUUUCUCUUGGACUUUGAAUCCUGUAAUUGCGAGUUGGGGAUCGCUGCUACACCUCCUACUACACCUCCUACUGAAUCUGACACUGAACCUGCUACUACACCUACUACUGAACCUGCUACUGCACCUCCUACUACACCUGCUACUGAAUCUGACACUGAACCUGCUACUACACCUACUACUGAACCUACUACUGAACCUCCUACUACACCUGCUACUGAAUCUGACACUGAACCUGCUACUACACCUGCUACUACACCUGCUACUGAAUCUGACACUGAACCUACAACAGGUGCAGUUUCAUUUCAGUAUAGUUAUCAUCACCUUGUUCUUCUAACAAUCAUUUCCGUCUUCAGUGUUCUUGCUUCGUAA